AUGUUUGACGGUUUCGAACCCUUCCGCAUCAAAACCUCUGCCGAGCCGGAGGUGACGAUCGCAGGCAUCCGGAGCACCGGCGGCAAGGACCUGCCACCCCUUCUGCUCCUCCAUGGCUUCCCGCAGACCCACCACAUGUGGCACCGCGUAGCCCCACAGCUGACGGGCUCGUAUAACGUCGUGCUGAUGGACCUGCGCGGAUACGGCGCAUCGUCGAAGCCAAGGGACGACGUCUCUAGCUAUGCCAAGUCGGCCAUGGCCCUGGACUGCGUAGCGGUCAUGGACGGGCUGGGUUUCGGUGGGGCCCCUUUCUACGUCUGCGCACACGACCGUGGUGCCCGGGUCGCCCACAAGCUGUGCGUGGACCACCCGGACCGCGUUCGCAAGGCAAUAUUCCUCGACAUCUGCCCCACCCUCGCCAUGUACGAGGCUACCAACCUGGAUUUUGCGAAGGCGUACUUCCACUGGUUCUUUCUUAUCCAAAAGAGCCCGCUACCCGAGACGCUGAUUCUUGGGAGCCCGCGCAAGCUUGCUGAGAUGUUCAUGGGCGGCCGGCAGCGAGAUGGGCCCGCCAUUUUUGCAUCUGAAUGCUUCGAGGUUGCAACGCUGGAUAUGGAUGAGCAGAAGCGAGAUUUAGCAGAAGGAAGGCGUAUCAAGUCUCCCCUCAGGGUGCUCUGGGGCAAUGUCGGCAUCGUAGAGAAGGCAUUCGACGCUCUUGCAGAGUGGCGGAAGGUUACGGAGACAGGGGUGGGCGUCGAUGGGCAUUCUGUCGACUCGGGCCACUAUAUACCUGAGCAGGCACCAGAUGUGGUCGUUGCGGAGAUGCGAGACUUCCUGGUCUGA